AUGUCGGCGAUUUCUGCACUUAUUCUGUCUUGUUUGGUGAUCAACCAGAUGGCUGUAUCCAGUGCUGAAGUGAUAUCGGGGCAAAACCAUUCGAACCGCGUUCAGCGUGGUGUCGCAGCCAACACAGCGGCAACUGCAUCAUCCAAAACACAUCAUCUGUCCUUUACUCCGAUUACUGCAGGCGGCGCACGACAAUACCCAGCGAUAAAUCAAGGCGAAUUCUCAGUUGCCUAUGAAGUUCCCCAAUCUUCGGAGCGAGCAUUCACGCCGGAGGAGAAAUUAGUCUCUCAGUUGCUCAAUCGAGGGAGUUUGAUGGUUCGCCCGAACGGACAAAGCAACUUCUCCAAAAGUCCGGUGUACAUAAAUAUCACGUACAACGUGGUGCAAAUUUUGGCAUUUUCACAAGCAGAGGAGACAAUGAGUAUUUCCGGUUGGUUUACAAUGAAAUGGUGCGACCCACGUCUUACAUGGGAUCCACAAGACUAUUCAGAUAUCACAGAAGUGAAUUUACCUUCGACUAACUUGUGGAUUCCUGAUGUCGGUGUGAUGAACGCGAAGAGCAGCGCAGACUUCGACUUUAGCACAGCGGUUCGUGGUCGCCUCACAGUCUUCCACGACGGAGUCAUCACCUGGCUUCAUGGUGCCGUGUUGGACACCACAUGUCCGCUCAAUGUGGCUUUUUUUCCUUUUGAUUUCCAAACUUGCUUCUUGAUUCUGACACCAUGGCAAAGUGGAGAGCAACAGCUUCUCUUGCGUCCUUUCACACAUGGUUCCACGGUGGACAACAGCUAUCUACCGAAUUCGAACGUCAGUGAAUGGGAAAUCCAGUCGGUGCAUUUUGCCAGUCGGAAAUACCGAAGUGAUUUGAACAUCACAUACCAAUACGUCAGCAUUGGUAUCCAUUUGAAACGCCAACCGUUGUACUUUGUCGUGCUUGUAUUGGUCCCCUUCUCCAUGCUCUCUGCUCUGGCAUGUCUCAUUUUCACGCUGGACGACACCGGAGAUCGAUUGUCGGUUGCACUCUCUCUGGUGCUCAGUAUGACCAUGUACGUCGUGAUUGUGUCUAGCAACGCACCCCGAUCCAUGCGCACACUACCUGUGCUAGGAAUAUUUCUACUUGACCAGCUGGGGCUUUUGAGCAUUGCGACAAUACUGGCAGUUAUCAAUAACAAGCUGUACCAAGCUCCUCAACUGAACAGCUGGCAGGACUGGAUCUAUGUUUUGGCUGGGAUCAGCAGAGACAGAGAGCCAGGUGACGUUUCCCAAUGGUUAAGGUGCGACCCGUACCCUAGUGCCUCUACUGUAUUUGGUCAGCGAUUUCCAGAAUCUCACACGGAGCUUCGUGAUACAUUAUGCAACCCAUCGUAUCGGGAACACAAUUGCUCUUUUAAAGGUUGCCCGCUGAAAACGGUAAAUUUAAAUGCGGUGCCCAAGGAUACGAAAGUCAAAGAUGAUACCAGGCGAAACUGUUCCAGACGUAGGCUAGUUUUGGAUUAUCUGACAGCAUCAGAUUCUGAGCUGGAUUUGUCUCACUCCGACUCCCCCUCAGUCACAUCCUCAGGUCCUAGAACAUAUGCUCCUGUCGUCGGCAGGGAUGUCUUUCAGCCAGGCACUAAUGGAUGCGUGUUAAAGCCAUAUAGCACUAAACAACAGAUAAGUAGGCGCACAAACCAACCCAACGUUGUUUAUCCCCACCACGACCUCAGCAACCAUGUUGGAGGCAGAGGCUUUUGGGAAGCAGAUUGUGACUCAUGUGUUGCAAAAUCCAGACAUGGUAAUUCCUUCACACAAUCCCCUUGGGUCGUGCCUUUAACAACAGAUGCGUCUCAAACUGGCUACACUACCUGUCGCACCACCUCUCCCGAUGAGCCGGAUGAAGUGGACCGGUUUUCGUCUGCCGAAUUAAUUCAUGUUACAGCUGCAAUAACAGCUGCAGCCACAAUGGCAGUAGCAAAGAUGCUAAAUUCUCCUUGCGGUUCACCAAUAUCACUGACAGAAACGCAGCCCAACGUGGCAAGGAGAAGAAGGACUGGCCGAUGGACGCAUCCAGCUUGCAAGCAAAACCAAAGUAACCCAUCGUGGACAAACGAGGAGAAAUUAAUCAGGCAUGAGGAUUUAACUCGGAUUACUCUAACCGCUCAACUCGCAGCUUCCGCCGUUACUACUGCUUUCAAAUCUGCUCGACCAACACACCGAAGCCAAAAGGAACCAGUGGCCGCUUACCGGUACCCUAAUUGUGGUCGCAACGAAUCCAACAGGAUACAUUGCUGCGGGCCUCGAUUCCGGAACUGCACAGAUGAAACCCAUUUGUACCCGUAUAGGAGGCUUGCUUCCAAACUGGACUGCAUUCAAAUGGCAUCUUAUUUGAUUUUAUCCACUAUCAAUGCAUUUGUCUGUUUGGUCAUAAUGCCUGUUUGCACACAGGAAACGCUACCUCCGAAACAGUGGAUUAUGUAG